AUAAAAUAUAUAAAAUAUUCAAAAUGGAUAAGCUUGUGAAGAAGAAAGCUCGUUCCUCAUCCCCUCUUAAAGAAUAAAAACACAAAAGAAGAGCAUAUACCCCAAACAAAACCAACAAAUAUAUACUUCAAGGAGCCUAUUUUUUCUUCCAUCUUUGUAUUCUAUUGCUAGUACAAAAUAAGUGAAGAGAAAUGGAAUUUUCUAUCCUCGUCUUCUGCAUCUCAAUAUUUUUGAUCACUUGGCACUUCAUCAAACUAUUAACUCUCAAUUUUACUAAAUCCACCAACAAGCUACCACCUGGUCCUACUGGAUUUCCAAUAAUCGGCUCACACCUUCAACUCGGCUCAAAACCCAACCAAUCACUAGCCGAGCUAACCAAAAUCCACGGCCCUCUCAUGACUCUAAAACUCGGCUCGAUCACCACCGUUAUAGCUUCCUCCGCAGAAACAGCUAAAGAAAUCCUCCAAAAACACGACAAAACAUUAUCGGCCCGCACGGCCCCCGAUGCGGUCACAUCCCAACCUAAUCCAGAAGCCACGUUGGCAUGGGUUGAGUCCGACAACAUGUGGAGGAACAAGAGAAGAAUAUUGAACACCCAAAUGUUUACGAACCAAAAACUCGAUUCGCUACAACCACUCCGCCAUCAAAAAGGUGAACAACUUGUGUGUCAUAUUCGAAAACUAUGUGAAAAUGACUCAGCUGUGGAUAUAGGACGUGUCGCGUUCGCGACCAUGCUGAAUUUAGUGUCGCGCUCGAUUGAUUUGGUAGAUCCGGAGUCUGACAUGGCUCAAGAGUUUAAGGAUUUGGUUUGGACAAUCAAUGAAUAUGCUGGUAAACCUAAUUUGUCUGAUUAUUUUCCGGUUCUAAAGUGGUUAGAUUUGCAAGGGGUGAGGCGUCGUAUAAGGCCAGCGUGCAUCAGAUAUUUGAUCAACUUAUUGAGAAGAGAGUAGAAGAUAGAGCGUCUAGUCCGAAGAUGAAGGUAGCUGGAGAUUUUUUGGAUGUACUUCUUGAUCAAUGUCAAGAUAAAGAGUCAGGAUUCGAUCGUGAAACUAUCAAGCCAAUUAUCGUCGAUUUAUUUGUUGCGGGAAGUGAUACAUCGGCCAUAACAACAGAAUGGGCAAUGGCAGAACUUCUUCGAAAACCUGAAGAGCUGAACAAAGUAGGACAAGAAAUAAUGGAACAAAUAGGAACAGAAAGGGUUACUCUUACCUCACAAAGCCCAACACGACGUACAAGUGUUGGGCUUUACCGUGCCUAAGGACAGUCAAGUUUUAGUGAAUGUUUGGACUAUUGGAAGAGACCCCAAGUAUUGGGAACAAC